AUGAACGACACUCUUCAGAAUCGCCUUCUGGUUGAAGACCCUCGCCACCAGCGUAGCACCUCGAACGCAACAAGCAAAUUCCCCGCCAACUCCUGCGCAAAAUCCCACCUACGCCUCAGAGACAAAUUGUUCUGCCACAGUCGAAACAGCUCGUCCCUAGCCCUCCGCAGUUCCUCAACCGCCACCGCCUCCCUAAUCACCAAGGCCCUGCACUGUGCCAUCAGUGCGCGCUUGAUCACAUUUACCUCCGUCAUGAUAUGCUCUACCUGCCAGCUCAGCAACACCACGGGGAGGAUCAUGAGAUCAGCUGGGAUAGGAGCGGGAGAAUCGUGCGGGAAUGGGUCGCGGCAGAGUAGAGGCUCCGCCGAGCCGUCCCAGAGACUGCUAGGCCGCACCAACAUCGAUGCCGCGGGAGUGGGAUUCAUGCGGUCGGUGGUUGAGGGACAAGGCGUAGAACGGGUAUCCGUCAUCUUGCGGGGUUUGGGCGAUGAAGGUGAUGCCUGUUGCGGGGUCUUCGAGGAUCGCGGAGCCCGCUGUGUCGUUCUUGAGGAAGAAGUCGAAGCGUUCGGUAAUGUAACCGGUUGCUUUUGCGGCGGUGGUGAGGGAGGUCAGUGUCAGUUGGUAGUCGGGGGUUGUCCUUUCAGGGGCUUCGACUAG